UUCCACCGCCAACAGCAUCCACCGUCUCCAUGGAAACGUUAGCGGCCUACUGUAAUCAUUACAGAGCAGUAACAUGCCGGGGGAGAAGGAGAGCUGGGACGCGAAGGCUGAGAACGGCCUGCUGAGGUCCCGGCUGGACGAGCAGUCACAGCUUAUCUGCCUACUGAAGCGGAGAGCCGAUGACACUGUGCUCCGGUGUCAGGGCCUGGAGAGAAUGAACGAGGAGCUGGAGAGGAAGAGCGCUGAGGUACACACACUGCUGGCGGCUGAGAGGAAGAGAGCGAACCAGAUAGAGGAACGCUUCAACCUCCUCGCUGAUAACCACCAAGAGAUGAUCCGCUUCAAAGACACCUACAAGCGGCAGAACGAGGAGCUGCGGGCCGAGUGUGAGCAGCUGAGAGAACAGCGCCACCCAGAGCUGCUGGAGAGAGAGCGCGUCAUACAGGACCUGAGGGCACAGCUACAGGCGGCCACUGCCCAAAUCAACCAGCAGGGGGAGCGCCACAGAGAGGAAGUAGACUCACUGCAUCGGAGACUGGGGGCCCUGCAGGAGGAAAUCCAAGACAAGAGCCAACAGCUCCACCUACUGGCCGGGAGGAUGAAGGAAUCCGAAGAAAUGUGUCGACAAGUACAAAAGGAAUUGUCCAGUUCAAUAGAAAUGAGGAAAACGGAGCAAAUGGAAGCUGAAAGAAAAAUGGAGGAGCUGAAUAAAGAGAAGACCGAGCUUCUACAAUUGUGCAUGGAGAGAGGACGUAGUUUACAGGAGCGCCAGAAAGACCUAUCAGAACUAAGUAAUCAUCUACAAGGUGCAGAGAAGGCACGGCGCAAAACAGAAGAGCGAUAUCAGAGAGAUGUAACUGCUGUGGAUGCCGAUUCCAGAGUGCAAGAACUGAAUUCAAGACUGGGCGACAGCGAGAAGCAGGUAGAGCAGUUGAAGAGAGAGUAUGAAGCCUACAAAAAGCACAGUGGGUAUUUGUUAGCAAAGGAGAGAGAGCUGAAUGGCAAACUACGACACUUGAUUGGCUAAGAGGAUACUACAGGUACACAAUCAUUAGGACUGGACCAUAAGACCGUAUUUUGUAAAACAAUAUUUUUGUACGCAUGUUUUUCAUAUGAAUUGCAUUUUUUUUAUAUGUACAGAAUUAUGCCAAGAUU